CGAAGGGGAUGAUGUUAGAAGCCCCACUUAUGGCUACUCAUAUUUACAUUAACCUCAAUCUCAGUUCCACAGCUACUCUCCUCCUGCCUCUUUCUGUCUCAUUUCCAAAGCCAAGAACCAAAAUAAAGCCAUGGAAGCUUAGACCUGUUGUUGCUUCUUCUUCUUCGUAUUCGUCUUCUUCAUGGUCUCAAAAUCAAAUCGUCGGUGGGCUAUUGUUGCCACCAGACGAGGACAACUACACUAACAGCAAAAAACCCGGGAGGGUCUCACCAAGAAAGAAGAGAGAGAGGGUUUUCUUCUUGGAUGUUAAUCCUCUCUGUUACAAAGGAAGCACUCCAAGCUUGCACGCUUUUGCUCAUUGGAUUUCUCUUUUCUUCUCUCAGGUCAGCCACACUGACCCUGUCAUUGCCGUGAUUGAUGGCGAAAGAUGUAAUGAGUAUCGCAGGCAGUUAUUGCCAUCGUAUAAAGCACAUAGGAGGAAAUUCUUACAGAAAUUUUCGACUACACUGAGAUCAAAGAGUCCUGUCAGAAGAUCGCAUCAAGUCAUAUCAGAUGUUCUGAGGAAAUGCAAUGUGCCGGUUGUGAGAAUUGAAGCCCAUGAAGCAGAUGAUGUUGUAGCUACGCUUGUAGGACAAGUUCUACAAAGGGGAUAUCGAGUUGUUAUUGCCUCUCCUGAUAAAGAUUUUAAGCAGCUCAUAUCUGAAGAUGUGCAAAUUGUUAUGCCUAUGCCAGAGUUUGAUAGAUGGUCCUUUUAUACCUUAAAGCAUUACGUGGCUCAGUACAAUUGUGAUCCACAGUCUGAUUUGAGUCUUAGGUGCAUUUUGGGUGAUGAAGUUGAUGGUAUUCCUGGGAUUCAGCAUGUGGUUACUGGUUUUGGGCGAAAAACUGCCCUAAAACUCCUAAAAAAGCAUGGUUCACUGGAAAAUUUACUGAAUGCCGCAUCAGUAAGAACGGUGGGGAGACAAUAUGCACAAGAUGCCCUUACAAAGCAUGCUGAUUACCUGCGAAGGAAUUACAAAGUUCUUGCCCUGAGGAGGGAUGUUGAUGUUCAUCUUCAGCCAGAGUGGUUGUCUGAGAGAGAUACGCUGAAUGAUUCAGUAAUUUUGUCCAACUUCAUAAAUUCGUUGGGAGAAACCCAGUGUCUCAAUCAGCAAUAUGGAUCUUAUCCAAAUGGUUGA